AAUACAAAGAAUUAUAGACAAUGAACCCAACUACAUGUUCGUUGCUUUAAACUCUCUAUUUUGACUAACUCAUAACCCCCCAACUGUCACUGCUGCUAUGAAAUACACACUGUUUACUGAAGAGUAUACUGAGCUGUUUCUGCAUUUAGUACUCCAGGAAGUGAUGCAGUGUUUCUACUAACAACUAACUACUUUUAUUGGUAGAUUUUACUGUUACUGCAGGUAGAAAAACAAGAGCGUGUCCAAUCCUAUGAGUUCCUGCUCUGAAGAAGCUCCGCCCCUCAGCUUACACAAACCAGGAAACAGUUUCUUCUUCUGCUUCACUGAGACGAGACACACUGAGAGACAGACGACAAGACUCACCUUCAGACCAAAACCACCACUUCCACUGAGAGAGGACAGCUACAGGAGGGAAUACUGGGAAUACUGGAGGACGACCACUUCAACCUGCAGCUGAAUCCACAAACUGAACAAGAGUUUUACAAGAACAAAGACUCAGAGUAAAAGUAACUUUCAGGGACGUCACUAACGGAGGGAGUGACUGACUGUUUCCUGUCUGAGCCGUCUGCCUGCUGCGAGUUCAGCUUCACUCAGAGACUAAAUGGCUUCCAGGUUAGAGGAGGAUCUCUGCUGUCCUGUCUGCCAUGACAUCUUUAAAGAUCCUGUCAUCCUGUCAUGUUGCCACAGCUUCUGUAAAGUCUGUCUGCAGAGCCGGUGGACAGAGAAGGAAACUCAAGAGUGUCCACUUUGUAAGAGAAGACAUUCAAAGCAAUUACCUUCCAAUUUGGCGUUAAAGAACCUGUGUAAGGCGUUCAGAGAGGAGAGAGGUCAGAGAGCUUCAGAGACUCUCUGCAGUCUGCACUCUGAGAAACUCAAACUCUUCUGUCUGGACCAUCAGCAGCCAGUGUGUGUCGUCUGCAGAGAUUCAGAAAAACACAGCAACCACAGAUUCAGACCCAUCGAUGAAGCUGCACGACAACACAAGAAGGAACUUCAGGAAACUCUGGAGCCCUUAAAGAAGAAGUUACAGGUUUCUGAACAAGUUAAAGUGAAGUUUGGUCAAACGGCAGAACACCUGAAGGUCCAGGCCCGACACACAGAGAGGCAGAUUAAGGAGCAGUUUAAGAAGCUUCACCAGUUUCUAGAAGAGGAAGAGGAGGCCAGGAUGGCUGCACUGAGGGAGGAAGAGGAGCGGAAGAGUCAGAUGCUGAAGAAGAAGAUGGAGGCUCUGAGCAGAAAGAUAGUAGCUCUUUCAGACACAAUCAGAGCCACAGAGGAGCAGCUGAGAGCUGAAGACGUCUCAUUCCUGCUCAACUACAAGGCUGCAGUGGAGAGAGUCCAGCAGCGCCCCCUGCUGGAGGAUCCACAGCUGCCCUCAGGAGCUCUGAUAGACCAGGCCAAACACCUGGGCAACCUGACCUUCAACAUCUGGAAUAAGAUGAAGGACAUGGUCUCCUACACUCCUGUGAUCCUGGACCCAAACACUGCUGGUCUAAGACUCAUCCUGUCUGAAGAUCUGACCAGUGUGAGACGAGGAGAGAAACAGCAGCUUCCUGACAAUCCAGAGAGGUUGGGUUCUUACGGCUCUGUCCUGGGCUCUGAGGGCUUCAACUCAGGGACUCACAGCUGGGAGGUCGAGGUUGGAGACAAUAAAGACUUGUCUCUGGGUGUGUUAGCAGAGUCUGUCCAGAGGAAGGCAGACAUACUGUCUGGAUUCUGGAGAAUACGGUUCUUUACAGGCGAAUACUCAGCAUGGUCACCAUCAGCUUUUCCCACUGCUCUCCGAGUGCAGAAGAAGCCUAAGAGGAUCAGAGUGAAUCUGGACUGGAACAGAGGAAAGCUGUCGUUCUCUGAUCCUGAUAUUAACACACACAUACACACCUUCACACACACUUUCACUGACAGACUGUUUCCAUACAUUUACACUGGGGAUUAUCUCCCACUGAAGGUUUUACCUGUGAAGGUCUCUGUGACUGUAGAACACCUGAACUAUGAUGACGAUGAUGACGACGACGAUGCUUUGAGGAACAUGUGACUAUGUCGUCCUGAUGAUGUUGUUGGUUGUCAUGGUGACGUUGUUGGCAUUUACAGUAUAACACCAAAUAACAAGAAAACAUCUGGGACAAAAAGCACUUCCUGUCAUCUUUCUUCAGUAGAAGUCUCAGAGCGCAGAAACGUUUCAUUGAGAGCAAAUCAAAGCUGUUCAAACAAGAGACGAAGAAACGGACGAACACAGAUAAUCAGACUUUGCUGGGAAUCCUAAAACCACCGAGUUGCUGACUCAGGUGGUGCGUCAGCAGCUGAUCCAGCUGGAUUAUUUUAACAACUAAACAGAAAACUGAACUGAAUUAAGUUUGUGUUUCUUUGAGAGGCCUUUCACCGUUCAACUUUAUUUACUGCUCGUUAAAGUUUAAACCAACAGCCAUAUCUGAACAGACAGCGAGGAACUGCACCCAGGAAGUGUUGCACAUGUUCAGUUUCUACGUGUUAAUCACAGCUGGAUGUUACUCACCUGGUGAACUGGAUCCAUCAGCUGGGCUCACUGAAUAUGUGAUGUUAAAGACUCUUUCUAGUUUCACCUUCAGAGAAUUUACACUCAUUUUUAAUCUUUUUAAGAUCUAAAUUAAAUGAUCUUUUUAUUUUUUACGUUUAGUUUUAUUAAUUCAUAAUUGAAAUGCAGAAAGAAUCAACUUAACAGCUAUAUAAACAAUUCUCAAUGUAUUAAGUGAUUGUAGGAAGUAGAUUAAGUAAAAGUCUGUCAUUUAUAUCUUUUAUUCUCUUACAUGUGUUAUCUUGUGUGUCGACUUGAGCAAUAUGGUUGAAAUCAUUCAUCAUCACAAUAUUAAUAUAAAUAUUUUAUCGAUAGUCUGUCACAAUAUGGCGACAGGAUACAAAAGUGUUUCAUUACAGCUCAGAAUGAGUCAUUUGAACAGAAAUCUGUAGAACAACGAGAUUAUUAGAUGAAAUGGUUAAAUGGCGUAGCUACAGUAAACCUACCGCUUACAUCGCUAAAGGUUUAAUAAUAAUUUAAGUUAUUUUCCUGUUAUCUACUGUUGUUUUUAUGACCGAUCUGCUCCGUUAUUAUUCAGCCUGUUUCUCAUGUGGUCAGUAAAUUACCUUUAUGUAAAAGCUCAACAGGAAGAACUAACUGAUCUGCUGUCAGUAUCUCGGCUAGCUAACUUAGCGAGCUAGCUAACUUACAAAGUUAGGACACAGACACAUUUAGAAAGUUAAAUUAGCUCAUAAACAGGAUUAAUAUUAGAUAACAGUUUAGCUGCUGUAUGUCUACCAUUAAUAAACACUAGCUAACUAGUUUAGCUAACUAGCUAAGAUGAUACUAUAUGAAUUUAAACAGGCUAAUGUAGCUCACCUGUAAGCUAUCAUGCUAACUGAACCUUCAGUCUGUCCAGGCUGAUUAUUCAGCCAGUAAAUAAAACAUCUCCGACCAAGA